CACAAACCUAUCCUUCCUCUUCUAAACUCACCCAUACUUAAAUAUUUCCAGCUUUUGUUCUUAUCAUUCUUAUUCAGAGUCUCCAAAAUGGCUGGUGUUGAGGUCGAAAAGAUAGUACCAACCACAGAAGAGAAGACAACAACAACAACCGAGCCAACGACCGAGACGCCUAAGGAAACCGUUCAUACAGAUGACUCAACCACCGCGGUUGAAGUUGAAAUCAAAGGAGAAGAAGCACCACCAAAGGUAGAGAACGAAACCGAGAAAACCGAGAUAGCUCCGGUUACAGAGGAGAAACCAGUUGAAACUCCAGCAGCUGUGGAGGAGAAAGAUGUUAAACCGGCUGCUGAAGCUACCGCUGUUGAUGGCAAGGCAGUGUAAUAAAAAGAAGCUUUCUCUUACCUAUGAGAACAUUUUGUUUCUUCUUAAGUCCUACUAUAUAUAAAUGUGGUAUGAUGAUGAGUUUCGUUUAAUAAUAAGAUUAUUAAGGUGUUAGAAUGCUUAAUGUAAUAUUAUGAGUGAUGAGACCAUUGAGGUGGUGGUGGUCUUGAAGAGAGUUUGAUGUUUGGUUGCUCAAUAAUAUAUUUAUAUAAAAAGAUUUAUAAUGUUCUAAUUUAUUUUAUUUAUACGAA